AUGUUUUAUUUCAACACUCACAAUAUCUGGAUGAGUGAAAUAAGCCAUAUUUUCAAAGAAAAAUUUAAUAGCAUUAAUUAAAAUAAAUUUAGAAUUGUCUUCUUUUAUUUUAUUACUAGGUUAUUUUAAAUAAUUAAAGAGAUCUGA